AUGCAGAAGUAUAUAAAUUAUAGAGUGAGAGUUACAGUACAAGAUGAUAGGAUGCUUGUAGGAAAUCUGAUGGCAUUUGAUAAGCACAUGAACGUAGUCUUGUCAGAUUGCCAAGAAUACCGUAGUAUUAAGAAGAAGGGUGAAGAUCUUAAAGAAGUCAAAAGAUCACUGGGAUUUAUAGUACUUAGAGGAGAGAAUAUUGUAACUAUAACAGCAGAAGCACCACCAAAAUCACAAUCCAAAAGGGUAACUGAGACACCAUCAGUAGGAAAUGUACAAGUAAUAGGACGUGGUGCAGUUAUACCAGCUGUUGGGACUAUUCCAGGCACUAUAAUGACACCAGGGCACAUUAAUAUACCUAUACCAACAUUAGGUAGUUUACCAAUAAUAACACCAGGUGUUGGAGUAGCUCCAAUAUCUCAGCAUGUACAACAGCCUAUGAGCACAAACAAAAAACUUCCGCAGUAG